CGCGCACCGCCUCCCCCAGCCCGCGCCGCCGCGAUGGCGGAGGACAGCGAGUCUGCGGCCAGCCAGCAGAGCCUGGAGCUGGACGACCAGGACACGUGCGGGAUAGACGGGGACAAUGAGGAGGAGACCGAGCACGCCAAAGGAAGUCCUGGAGGGGAUUUGGGAGCCAAAAAGAAAAAGAAGAAACAAAAGAGAAAAAAGGAGAAGCCAAAUUCUGGAGGCACCAAGUCAGAUUCUGCAUCUGAUUCCCAGGAGAUUAAAAUGCAACAGCCUUCAAAACACAACACCAUCUGGCAGCAGAUUUCAGCCGGAGCAGCCAUGGAAUCCCACCAUUCCAAUGCAGAAGUUGCAGGAUAUUCAGAGAGCAAUGGAGCUGUUAUCCGCGUGCCAGGGCCCAGCCAGGAACAUUGAUGAGGCUGCGAAACACAGAUACCAGUUUUGGGACACGCAGCCAGUACCCAAACUAAAUGAAGUGAUAACAUCUCAUGGUGCAAUUGAGCCGGAUAAAGACAAUGUACGUCAAGAACCGUAUUCCUUGCCACAGGGUUUUAUGUGGGACACUCUAGAUUUGAGCAGCGCUGAAGUGCUCAAGGAGUUAUACACGUUGUUAAAUGAGAAUUAUGUAGAAGAUGAUGACAACAUGUUCCGGUUUGACUAUUCACCCGAGUUCCUGUUGUGGGCUCUGCGUCCCCCGGGCUGGCUCCCUCAGUGGCACUGUGGAGUCAGAGUGUCUUCAAAUAAAAAGCUUGUAGGGUUCAUAAGUGCCAUCCCCGCAAACAUUCGGAUUUAUGACAGUGUGAAGAAGAUGGUAGAAAUCAACUUUCUUUGCGUUCACAAGAAAUUGAGAUCAAAACGGGUCGCCCCAGUGUUAAUUCGAGAAAUAACCAGAAGAGUGAACCUGGAAGGGAUUUUUCAGGCCGUUUAUACUGCUGGGGUAGUUCUUCCUAAGCCAGUGGCCACAUGCAGAUACUGGCAUCGAUCACUAAACCCCAGAAAACUGGUAGAAGUGAAAUUUUCUCACUUGAGUCGAAAUAUGACUUUACAGAGAACAAUGAAGCUCUACAGACUUCCAGACGUUACAAAGACUUCAGGUUUGAGACCAAUGGAACCAAAAGACAUCAAAGCGGUUCAAGAAUUAAUCAACGGUUACCUGAAGCAGUUUCAUCUAGCACCGGUGAUGGAUGAAGAGGAAGUAGCCCACUGGUUCCUUCCCCAGGACCACAUUAUUGAUACAUUUGUAGUAGAGAGCUCAAGUGGUAAAUUAACUGACUUCCUGAGCUUCUACACACUCCCUUCAACAGUCAUGCAUCACCCUGUCCAUAAGAGCCUCAAAGCUGCGUACUCCUUCUACAACGUUCACACGGAGACACCCCUCUUAGACCUCAUGAAUGACGCGCUCAUUAUAGCCAAGUUGAAAGGAUUUGAUGUAUUCAAUGCACUAGAUUUGAUGGAAAAUAAGACAUUCUUGGAAAAACUCAAGUUUGGUAUAGGAGAUGGCAAUUUGCAAUAUUACUUAUACAACUGGAGGUGUCCAGGAACAGAUUCUGAAAAGGUUGGACUCGUAUUACAGUAGUUGGAUAGUUUUAUUUCUAGAACUCUGACAUCAUCAUUUGUUAAUAUUCUAUUUAAUGAUUCCUGGAACUGCCAUUCCAAAGAAGAAUAAAAGCACAACUUAAGUGAAAUUGAAGCAGUUGAUAACAAUCAGAAAAGAUGAAAAAACAUCCGUAUGUGACCAAUGCUGACACUUCUAGCUAGAACAUAAAAUUUCAUCCUUUUUGCACUGUUUAGCCAUUUGUGGGAGGGAUGAAAGGGUAUAAAGAGCACAUUCCUCUAACUUUCAGUUUUUUGGUUGUCUCUUGAUGAAGAGAAGGUAUUUUUCCACUCUGUAGCAAAGGGGCUGUUUUUGUAUGGACUGCAAAGAAGUUAUGGAAUCACGUAAGAAAUUCUUUGCUAUUGUGUGAAGAUAGACUGCUGCAUUUCUAUUUAUUAAGUGGUGGUAUACUUGUCAGUCUAAGAGAAUCAAGGAUCCAUUCUGAAAAUUUUUACUUACAUUGCCUCACAUGAUAAUUGUAAGGAAAAUUUAUGGAAUCAACACUUUCAUAACACAAUGACAAGUGGUGAAUAUUUAAGCGUGGAGCAAUAUCAAAGUGUGCUGGUGACUGGUACGUUUAUUUCUCCAUAAGCAAAGUUGCCAAAUCAAUAAAGACACAAAUUUCUACUUUGAUCUUUACAGAUCAGUGAACCUGGUUCAAAAGCAAAGUUUUGUGCAAACAUUAAGUGUGCUCUCUGAAAGAGUAUACACCCAUGACUGACUAGACUUUUCUGCUGCUGCUCAAACUCGUUUCUUCUCAGCAACAUCAAGGUUAUGUGAGGAAAAGAAAAUAAAAGCUCUAAAGUCAAAAGAAAUGCCCAGUGGAAUUUAUUAGUACUAUCAGGACAUUGAGAGUUUGAAUAUUUUUAUUGCUUAUGCACAAUUGCACAUAUUCCUUUAAGCUGACUUUAUCAUGAACGCUGCCAUGCUAAUGGAAAAUGUCUUAUUUGUAAAUAAGUAUUCAUAAUUUUGUUACUGAUGGUGUUUUUAUCUAGAAUUUGAAAAAGCCUCACAGUGUACAUAUUUAUGUAUAUAUUGCCAAUAGUCCAAGGAGGAAAAAAGAUGCUAAAUGAGGCCACACAGAUUGGCCUUGACUCAGAUACCACAAAAGUAGAUAUACUUUUUCCUGCCUUUACUGUACCAGUGCCUAGGCUGUUCAGUCCAGAAAAAAUUAAUUUUUUAGACAACAUAAUAGCAUUUCUUCAUGUUAUCAGUAGUCUUGUGAAGCCAGUCAAUACCAGGGGUCAGUAAACCAUGGCCCCUGGGAAAAUCUGGCUAAGGAAUGGUUUUUACCUUUUUGAAUGGUUGGGGGCUGGGGCAAAAGGGUAACAUUUUGUGACAUGUCAAAUUUCAGGGUCCAUAAAGUUUUUUGAGAACACAGCUAUAUUCAUUUAUAUAUUGCCUUUUGGCUUUACACAACAAAUAUAGUUGAAUUGCUGCAACAGACUAGCCAACAAGCCUAAAAUCUAUACUAUCUGGCCCUUUACAGAAGUUUGUUGACCUCUGAGUUACAUUAGGCCUCGAGUUGAAAGCUUUCUACAUCUCGCCCUUAUCCUAAUGACUACCCCACAGCUUGUGGGAUCCCUAGGACUACCACUAGAGGGGACACCUGGGCCACAGAGUAGUGCAUAGUUAGGACUAGCACUGUUCACUUUAUUGAAGAUGCAGUGGAAGACUUCCUAUUUACCAAAAACCAAACCUGUUGCCAUUGAGUCGAUUCCGACUCAUAGAACUGCCCCACAGAGUUUCCAAGGAGCACCUGGUGGAUUUAAACUGCUGGCCUUUUUUUAGCAGCCAUAGCACUUAAGCACUACACAACCAGGAUUUCCAACUUCCUAUUUAGGACGGCUCAAACCCAGUUGCAUUACCAUUCUUUAAUAGGGAUAAAGGUUUCAAGAAGCAAAACAAACUUUUUGAGACACCAGCAUUAAGUAAAGGUGAUUUUAACUUAAUUUGGAGUCAAGGCUUUUGUUGGGAACUGUGUCCCACUCAUUUUUAUAGCAGUCUCAUACGAAGUAGGUUUUCAAAUAAUUGCAGAAUUGCCAGUUUGUCAUGAGCUUACCUCAUAAUGAAACUGUUCCUUUGAAGAGUCAUUUACAGGGUUCCAAUUGUUUUAGAAUUCUUAAACAGAGUUAUCUUAAAAUUAUUAAUGAUAGAUUUGUCUUGCUGUCAUUUAAGCAGAUUACCAAUGAACUUUUAAAAUAGAGAACUGGUAGAACUGCUUGUUUAUAACGUAGCUAUUAAAACAUUCAAUUUAAAUGUAAUAUAUAAUGUCUUACAGAUUCAAAAGACCUUGUUCUGCAUUCUAUAACCAAAAUAGUCUAUGAAGUAUUCUUCCUUUUUUUCCCCCCCAAGAUGGCACUAAGUGAAAAAUGUUAAUGAACUAAAGUACCAUAAUCUAUAAUACAACCAGAAUUUACGAUGAAAAUUAAUUUUGGCAAACCCACAGCUUCCCCCUGAAUUACAGACGGUAACUUAGGCUCCACGGUGCUCCAUUUCCUGACGUGAAGGGCACUCUAUAAUUGCCCAGGCCCACCUCUUUGCCAUAGUUCACCUGAAAAAAAAAACGAAAACCCUUGCCGUCAAGUCGAUUCUGACCCAUAGCAACCCUGUAGCACUGAGUAGGACUGUCCCAUAUGGUUUCCAAGGAGCGUCUGGUGGAUUCAAACUGCUGACUUUUCUUGGUUAGCAGCCAAGCUCUUAACCACUGUGAUACUUCAUCUAACUACCAUAACACUUUUUAUACACGUUAGGUACACCUAAGAAAAUAAGUCAACCAUGUGAAGGGGUGAAUUCUAACUGGCUGAAAGACCUUGUCUGACCUUUUCUGCAGAUAUUAAGUCCUUCUCCCAAGCCUGUGCCAUCCUACAAAGAAAGGCAAAUUGACAUGAAGUAAAAAAAAGAUGUUUCUGAAGACAGCAUAUUUAGCAUCUAGUAACUCCCUUAAAACUAAUAAUGCAUCUCCAAUCCAGUUUCACUUACCCUGCUAACUAGAACCAGGUUGACUGUGGCACAUUUUUCAAGUUUGAUAGAAAACAUGAAGUGUUACAGGAUACAGAUGUUCUUGGUGACAUCGUACCAGCCUUUUUAAAAAGUAAAUUUACAUAAGCACGGACAUUAGUGUCAAUAAACGUUGGUUUUGAUAUUCACACUUUUGAAUAUUUUCUGCAGUUAGCAUUUUUAAAGCUCAGCGUAUCUGUGCUAUACAGAGUCUUACAUGUUUGAAAGGAACAUUAGCAAACAGUACCCUAAGAACACAGGUAAGAGUAGCUCAUUUUAUUAGUUCCAAGGUUUCUUUACAGGUGUCAGUUUACAAAUUCUGUAAAAUAAGUUUUUUCAAGGUUACUUUGAAGUAGUUUUUUUACUUUUGGGUGGUUUUCUUAUCUUAUUAGGGUUUGGAAUUAUUUUCUUUAUUUUCAGGGGUUGUAACACUACAGCAGAACCCUGCUGACCUUCAACCAGCUUCCGCUUAUGUUUAGAGAGGUCUUCAGAUGAAGUUUCCAAAAUCUCUUUGUCUUGCCUUCCCAAAAAUUCAGUCUCUUGAUUUUCCCUCGAGUCUUCAAUUCUGUCUGGAAGCCAUGGUACA